CACCCUGCUCCGGCCCUUGCAGGGGGGAUGCCGCUUUAGCCGAUGUCGCCGCCGGGCUGGAGACCGAGUCCCCCAACGGGAAGGAUGCCCUAGAAGGGGCUGGGGACAGUUCUGAAGUCUUGGACACUCAGACAGGCUCGGUGGAUGAAGAGAAUGGGCGACAGCUUGGAGAGAUAGAGCUGCAGUGUGGGAUUUGUACAAAGUGGUUCACAGCGGACACCUUUGGCAUUGAUACAACAUCAUGUCUGCCUUUCAUGACCAACUACAGUUUCCAUUGCAAUGUUUGUCAUCAUAGCGGGAACACAUACUUUCUAAGAAAACAAGCGAAUUUGAAGGAAAUGUGCCUUAGUGCUCUGGCCAACUUGACAUGGCAGUCAAGGACACAAGAUGAGCAUCCAAAAACUAUGUUCUCAAAAGACAAGGAUAUUAUACCAUUUAUUGACAAAUACUGGGAGUGUAUGACAACUAGACAGAGACCUGGAAAAAUGACUUGGCCAAAUAACAUUGUAAAAACAAUGUGCAAAGAAAGGGAUGUGUUCUUGGUGAAAGAGCAUCCAGACCCAGGUAGUAAAGAUCCAGAGGAGGAUUACCCAAAGUUUGGGUUACUAGAUCAGGACCUUGCUAAUAUUGGUCCAGCAUACGAUAACCAGAAGCAGAACAAUGCUGUAUCUACCAGUGGAAGCUUAAAUGGUGGAGCCUCUUUGGGAGGAGGUAUUGCAGCAGGAGGUAGUGGCAAAGGAAGAGGAGCAAAACGCAAACAGCAAGACGGAGGGACCACAGGGACCACCAAGAAAACUAGAAGUUACCAGUCCACGAAAGGACCUUCCCUCUUAUCCCAUGACAACUUACUUAAGAGCCUUUGUGACCCCUUGUUUUCUGCUCAGCGCUUGCCACCACAUGGCUACCCUCUGGAACACCCCUUUAAUAAAGAUGGAUAUCGUUACAUUUUGGCUGAGCCUGACCCCCAUGCGCCUGACCCUGAGAAACUAGAACUAGAUUGCUGGGCAGGAAAGCCAAUUCCUGGAGACCUCUACAGAGCCUGCCUCUAUGAACGAGUCCUCCUGGCAUUGCAUGACCGAGCACCUCAGCUAAAGAUCUCCGAUGACAGACUGACCGUUAUUGGCGAGAAAGGGUACUCCAUGGUACGAGCCUCCCAUGGCGUGCGGAAGGGAGAGUGGUACUUUGAGAUAUCUGUGGAUGAGAUGCCACCAGACACAGCAGCCAGACUUGGCUGGUCACAACCACUAGGGAACCUUCAGGCUCCCUUAGGCUAUGACAAGUUCAGUUACUCCUGGCGCAGCAAGAAGGGAACAAAGUUUCAUCAGUCCAUAGGCAAACACUAUUCAGCUGGCUAUGGGCAAGGAGACGUACUGGGGUUUUAUAUCAGUCUUCCUGAAGAUACAGAGACUGCUAAGUCCCUGCCUGAUACCUACAAAGAUAAGGCUUUGAUCAAGUUCAAAAGUUACUUGUAUUUUGAAGAGAAGGACUUUGUGGAUAAAGCGGAGAAGAGCCUAAAGCAAACUCCUGGAAGCCAAAUCAUCUUCUAUAAAAAUGGUGUCAGUCAAGGAGUUGCCUUUAAAGACAUUUUUGAAGGUGUUUAUUUCCCUGCCAUUUCGUUAUAUAAGGGCUGCACGGUUUCAGUAAACUUUGGACCGUACUUCAAAUAUCCUCCGAGAGACAUCACUUACCGCCCCAUGAGCCACAUGGGCUGGGGUGCUGUUGUGGAGCACACGUUGGCGGACGUCCUGUAUCACGUGGAGACAGAAGUUGACGGGCGGCGAAGCCCGCCCUGGGAGCCCUAGGCGAGAUGCUUUGUAUACGGAUUUUAUACACUGGACACACGAGCUAUUUCUAGGGAAUUGCAACAUCCAGUUUCUGAACAUCACUACUUUGUAAAGGAUGAGCCAGUCUCAGCUCCUACCGAUCUGGCAGGUAUUUAAAGAUGGUUGAGGGCUGGGUUAUUGGCAGAGGGAGGUGUGUAUUAUAUUUUAAAAUGCCAACCUUCUCCACAAGGUCAUGGCCUUCUCACUGAAGUGCUGUUACAUGUACUGUGCUACUCAUUGGUAUCUUCCGGAGUUUUCAGCUGACUGUGCUUCUAACACGUGGUCGGUGUGAGUAUUUGAUUAUCACGACUUCUCAUUUACUAUCCAGUUACUCUGAGGAGCAGACAGCAGCCAUACAGCCCUGUAUCAUCACACGUGUCAACUGCUCAGUUGAUGCCAAAUACCUUAACACAGUGUAGUGUCAACAGCUGUGUUGUAAGAUUUUUAAAAAACUUGUAAACCGCUUCCGUACAAAGGGAUCUUGCUGUACCAGAACUGUAAAACUGAAGUUAGGGAGGAGAGUCUGAUUGUGGUUUUUAUAUUAACUGGCAACCAGUUUAAAAUAAAACCUUUCCCUCGUC